AUGACGACACCAGGAGGCCGUGGCGUCGUGUGUAACGUCCUAACGUAACAUUCCAUUGAGAAGAAGAGGGAAAGAUGGCGUCCUCUAACAAUCCUCGCAAAUUUAGCGAGAAAAUCGCUUUGCAUAAUCAGAAGCAGGCGGAGGAAACGGCCGCGUUCGAAGAAGUGAUGAAGGACCUGAACAUCACCAGAGCUGCCCGGUUGCAGUUACAGAAGACCCAGUAUUUGCAACUAGGGCAGAAUCGUGGACAGUACUAUGGAGGCUCACUGCCCAAUGUCAAUCAGAUUGGAAAUGGCAACAUUGACCUGCCUUUUCAGAACUCAGUGCUGGACACCAGUCGGACCACCAGGCACCACGGGCUGGUGGAGCGCGUGUACCGCGACCGGAACCGCAUUACAUCACCUCAUCGCCGGCCACUGUCAGUCGACAAACACGGACGCCAGAUUGACAGCUGUCCGUACAGCUCAGUUUACCUCUCCCCGCCGCCUGACACGAGCUGGAGAAGGACAAACUCGGAUUCUGCCUUACACCAGAGCGCCAUGAAUCCGAAGCCCCAGGAGGUGUUUGUAGGGGGAUCGCAGGAGCUGCAGCCCAAACGAGUACUGCUGCUAACAGUGCCGGGAUUGGACGACUCGGAGUCGAACGCAGACAAGGAUGGGCAGAAACUGUGGGACGACAAGAAGGAUGAUUCAUCAAAACCCAACUCAUGUGAUGUCCCGGGAAUCAAUAUAUUCCCAUCACCAGACCAGGAGUUGAACCCCUCCCUGCUCCCCGCUGCACACAACACCGGCGGGUCUCUCCCUGAUCUGACCAACAUCCAGUUCCCUCCUCCUCUGUCCACCCCGCUGGACCCCGACGACGCCGUGGCCUUCCCCUCCCUCAGCUCGUCCAACAGCACCGGCAGCCUGACCACCAACCUCACCCACCUGGGCAUCAGCGCCGCCAGCCACGGGAUCACCAGCCCCUCUCAGCCCACCAUGACCGUCACAGCACAGCGCCGCCAACCACCCGUGGUGCCGCUGACCCUCACCUCUGACCUCCAUCUCCAACAGUCCCCACAGCAGCUCUCACCCACCCUCUCCUCACCCAUAAACAUCACACAGGCCUUGCCAACAGAGCCGCUGACCCUGGAGCUGCAGCUCUCCCAGUACCCCCUCUUCAACCAGCUGACGGCUCAGGCCCAGGCUCAGCUGCUCAGCGACCUCCAGAAGCAGCAGCAGGUUCUGUCGCAGGGCAUCCAGCUCAUCACUUUGCCUACUCUGGCUUCCCCAGGAACGGCCACCUCCAGCAGUCCCUCCUCCGACAGCCAGAGCCUGAGCCAGACCACCGCCAGCAUCAGCAUCAGCUCGUACCGCAAUCAGACUGGCUCACCAGCCACUCAGUCUCCAACCUCCCCCGUCUCCAAUCAAGGCUUCUCCCCCGGCGGCUCGCCUCAACACAUUCCCGUGGUAGGCAGCAUAUUCGGCGACUCCUUCUAUGAUCAGCAGCUGGCUCUGAGGCAGACCAACGCGCUCUCUCACCAGCUGGAGCAGUUCAACAUGAUUGAGAACCCCAUCAGCUCCACCAGCCUUUACAACCAGUGCUCCACCCUCAACUACACGCAGGCGGCCAUGAUGGGCCUCACUGGGAGCAGCUUACAGGACUCGCAGCAGCUCGGCUACAGCAGCCACGGCAACAUCCCCAACAUCAUCCUUACAGUCACAGGCGAGUCUCCUCCGAGCCUCUCCAAAGAGCUCACCAACUCCCUAGCGGGCGUGGGUGACGUCAGCUUUGACGCAGACUCUCAGUUUCCUCUGGACGAGCUGAAGAUCGACCCGCUCACCCUGGACGGACUGCACAUGCUCAACGACCCCGACAUGGUGCUCGCCGACCCCGCCACCGAGGACACGUUCAGGAUGGACAGGCUGUAACGCGAGCAGCCGAGUGUGGCCGAGAACAAGAAGAGGAAAAAAAAAAAAAACACACUAACUCGUGAAAGGAGGAAAAACAAAGGGCAGGAUGAACCCUCUCCCUCGUUGCAUGGCCGUCCAGCUGCCCGACCUCGCCCUCGACUCCGUUAACGCCCUUUGAAACGAAGCGCCACAAAAAGACAACGGGGAGAAAGACCUCCAGUGGCUUGCCGGGGAAUGGCCUCGCUGUCGUUUUGAAUGAGAUUGGUCGCUCAGCGCUUUCGCUAGCCUGCUGUGUUUACGGUGUACCAUUACAUGCCACAUAUAUUCCAAAAACGCACAUUUGACUCUUUUUUUUUUUCUCUUCAUAUCCACUUUGAUAUUUCUUUUGUUGAUCUUUUCUUGUAGCAGGAAGCUGCUAGGACAUUGGGCUAAACCGUCCCCAUCACUAUGGCCGUGUUAAAAACAAACAAAAAAAGAAACACGCCGGUUUGCUUGUUCCCUGCAGUCGGAGGAAGCGGUUUCCCAUCAUGCCAUAACGGCUUUCUAUUUCACUCAAAGCUUUAUUUUUGACAACCAAAUGUUAUUUUCAUCAUGUACUGUAUGUUUUGAUGCUUUAUGUAUUUAUACCUUUUAUUUAUUUAUUUGGUUACAGAUUUUAUAUUCCAUUUCAUAAUUUAAAUUUGAUGCCAAAAUGCUCUCUGUAGGCAUAGUGUAAAAUUGCA